AUGGCCGCCUAUGAUAACUGGAGUGAGUUCCCCGCCGCCGUUAAGAACAUAGACGGGAUCAACCGCGGGGAAUUCCUCAAACAACAUCCCGAGGUGUUGCCAGAUGCCGAAGUUGCAAGGGCAUUCGCUUUUGCACAGGCGUUCGGGUUUGCCCCGCAGGACAUGGCGCGCCCCUCGUGCGACGCGGAGUACGUUCUGAAGCACGACAGGAGGGGCGAAGGCGGGGAGCGGCUGAGUUGGCGGGGCCCUCAGCACGACGGGAGCUGUGACGAAUGCAACGGGAAGCAGCCGAGCGCCGCUAACAUGACGUUCUUCGAUGGCACGCGUACGGGGCACUGGAUGGACAAAUUUGACUUUUUGGUCAUGUGGCUCGCUGACUACAGCCACAAGACCAUCAUCUUCGAGUUGUCCCACAUCGACCACAAGGUUGUCGACGCCUGGCUGCUCGCUUCCAGGGGGCGCGCGAGCGACUGGUACGACCCCAUCUGUCCGAACUCGAUUAAGAAUCUGCGGGCGCCAGAGGGCGGAAUGCGCAAGCGGCCCGCUGUUCGACCCGCGCCGAAGAAAACCCCCGCCAGGAAGCGCGUCCUCAUUGCCGACGAGUCGUUCCUGAACAAGAACAAGCCAGGGAAGUUGAACCAGGCGGCGCGCCCCAAGAAGGACCAAAUCUGGAUCUGGGGCGCCUUGCUGCAGGGAAAAGCUCGCACGCACUUCAUGUUCCGCAUCUUGAAGCACCCCGUAGACGCGAAGGACGGCAAGCCCCGCGGGCACAAGGAGAUGAAGGACAGUCUCGACAUGCUCAACUUCGACAAGGGCAACAUCUUUGUCUCGGACAAAUGGGGCGCGACCAUAUCACUCGUUAAAGCCAUUCGACGCCAGACGGGGCUCACGCAAAACACCUUGCGCCGCGAGCUAGUGGACCACGAUGAUGGCGAGAUCGUGAACGCCAAAGGAUUCACCACCAAUGCCAUCGAGAGCAAGUGA